UUCCGGUUCAGUCCGGAGCGCAAGCAUGAGAUCCAUCCGUCUUCGUGGCAACCCUUCGGAAGUGGUCCACGAAAUUGCAUUGGAAUGAGAUUUGCUUUAUUCGAGGCUAAGCUGGCGUUGGCUAAACUCCUUAUGAAAUACCGUUUAGAACCGGGACCUAACACAGAGAUCGGUGAAUUGACCACUGAUUGCAAAGCAGUUACUUAUACUCCCAAAAAUGGAGUUUAUGUUAAAGUGGUUAAACUAUGA